GUGGAGAACACAAACCAACAAGCCAACAAGAUAUCAAGCCAUCAAAUAGCACAGCACAGCACAGCACAGCACAGCACAGCACAGCACAGCACAGCACAGCACAACUCCGGCAUUCCCCCGAAAGAUACUCCAGCACUGCACACGAUCUCUUUUUUGACACCGACCGCCGUGAACCGCUACAAUCCUUGAAGAAACCAGUUGCGACGCAUCGCAUCCAAUUGCAUCGCAUCCAAUCGCAUCGCAUAGAAUCGAAUUGCAUCACAACAAGCAGCCACAAAACAAAGCAGAAGAACCAAUAGAAUUGUCCGUGAACAAACAAACGAACGAACGAACGAACAAACAAACGAACAAACAAACAAGCACGGCACACAUGCACAGACACGCAGACGCAGACGGCAGACAAACAACGACACAACACAUCGGAAACAAAUACAAAGCCAACGACAAAGACAAAGAAGGCUGCUGCUGGACACCCAAACCACGCAACGAGGUCACUGCUGCUGUUCGGCGUAGUGCUGCUAACACUAUCUGCCGAUUGACGAGCAUCGAUUGCCGAAAGAGAGCAAGUGUCCUGGCACGGAAGCCAACCGCAGAGCCUACAAGCACGAGUGGAAGCACGAGAACAAGCAAGACCACAAACAAUACCACUAACAAGACCACAAACAACACCACAAACAAAAGCAAAAGCACAAAGACAAAGACAAACACGAGAAUGCCCUUUCUCUCCAGGGGGGUCCUCUCCAGGGUGCUGCCGAUAAACACCAAGCCGUCCGGAGCCGAGAGCAAACCUCGGACGAACGCCGGGAAGGCAGGUGCUGCCCGGGGCAGGAGUGGAGAAGCAGCGGGCAUGGCACCGCGCAUGGCACCGGGCAAGCCAGGCAAAGGAUCGUGGUCCCUCGGCGGGAGGAGAAGAAGGAAUCACGGGAACGAGGCAAACGCAAAUGUAAGUGCAAACGCAACCACCGACCGGAAGCCGCGGCGUUUGUUCUUCCUACAAAAGGAGGAAUCCCCUGGGUCGCAAUCGAAAUCGCAAUCGAAAUCGAACCCAAACCGGAAACCGAAACCGCCGACCGGGGCUCUGGCCAGCGGGCGGUGGGGCCGAAACAGAAACGAAAACGAAGGAACCAUUUUCGAAACCAAAGCCCAAAGACCAACAGAAACAGAAACACAAACACAAACCUACACACGAAUCCAAACACCGGAACCGGACCCCCCCAUCCUGCUCCCGCCGGGGAUCCCGUCGAUCGUUUGCGUUCCGUCCAGGGGGACGGGCCCGGGGGGAACCCCCCCCUGCGGAAGCAAAAGCAACCGCAACCGCAGAAGCACCCGAACCCCUUCUUCCGCCGCGAGCGGUCCGUCUCCCGGGCCCGCCCCCCGCCACUACGGCUACGACUGCCGGCUCCUGGACGGCCCGCCCCCCCUUCCGGGGCGGGCGGGGGCCCCCGCGGACGAAAGGAGCUCCCUCGGCACGAACGACGCGGAUUCGGAUGCGGAUGCGGAUGCAGGGGCACGUGCGCCCGCCACCACCGGGGACGAGGGGGGCUUCCGGGAGGUCCUCGGACACCGGCCAAAGGGGUUCGGGUGCGGGCUCGGGCCCCCACCGCUUGAGCGGACAAUGCCGUUGCGGAAGCAGGGAGGCCGGCCGCAGCGGGCCGUGAUGUGGCACGUCCAGGGCUAGCGCGUUCUCCGCGGGCCAUCGGCAGCAACAGCAGCAGCAGCAACAUCAACAGCAGCAGCAACAACUUGUACUACCACAACAACAACAACAGCAGAAGCACCCAGAGCUGGUCGGUAUUGGCAUCCCGCCUCGAUGAGCAACACGAUGCCUUCCACGGGAAGGGGCAUUCCCGAUACGGAUGCCACCAGAAACAACGGCAACGGUUGCACCAGUAGCAUGCCAACCGCACAGGCAAUGCCAUAGACAAGCCUCGUUCCAAAUGCAAUCACCACACCAACGACAAGAACGAAAAGAGCAAGAACGAAGGAGAAAAACAUGCCACGGGAAGAACAACCGAUGCUCUUUGGAUGUGGUGUGUGCAACGAUCGAGGCAGGCCCACGGCAAUCUCUCGAUGCGCCAAUUCGACACGCGCUAUGCUGUGAGUACAGCACAUCGCUGUGGCAGUUAGUAGAUAUAUAUAUUCUUGUUUCUUAUCGUAAGUAGAAAAUCCUGUACUACUUUUAGGAUGGUGUCUACUACUAGUAAUGGUGCUCCCGGAGAAAUAAUAGUACAAUGCAUACUAUCAGAGGAGGAGAUACAGCACUCAAAAUUCAAGUAUUCAAUUACAUCUGCUAGAAGAGGACUCACUUUGAGACCCAUAACUCUGUCAAGUGACUACUUUGCUGUGAGUAGUUUGCUGGGAAUAUUUUUCUUUGACAGUUAGUAUAGUAAAUAUAUAUUCUUGUU